CCGCUGAUGAUCAUCAAUGCGCCGCCCAUGAAGCAGAAGCAUCUAGUGCCGGUCAGCGUGGAGGCAGCUCAGGUGGAGACACAGCCCCAGUCGCAGUCACAGCCGCAGCCGCAACAACAGGCGCAGCAGCUGAAGUCGACUGUGCAGAUGCAGGAUGGAAAGCCGCUGCAGGUGACGGGCUUUAUAACCAAGUCGGGCAACAUCUACGAGAUCGAGGACAAACGCGGCAUAGGCCGCAUCGAGCCACGUCAGGCCGAGGGUGCCGAGGGAGCCGAGGAGGAGCAAAUAGUCUGCAACUAUGGCAACGUGGUCAUCUACAGCGACGUGCCCUGCGACCAGGUGACCAAUGUGAAGGUGGGCGAGGUGCAGCCGCUCAAUGCCGAGCCGCAGGUAACCGAGGCGCCACCCUCUGAAAACCAACCGGCUGAAGAGGAACAGCAGCAGGCGGCGAACGACACACCAAAUGCGCCACGUGGCCAGCAGGACAUGCAGCAGCAGCGCCGCCGACGCCGUCGACGACCCACGGGCGCCAGCCAGCAGCAGCGUCGCCGCGUCAACGGCAACGGCGCCGGAGUGCGUCGCCGCAUUCGCAGACGCAACGGCAACGGCAACCGCAAUGGCAAUGGCAAUGGCAACCGCCGCGUCCAGCAGGUGCGUCGCCGUCGUCCCAACCAGCGGCGCGGCCGCCGUCAGCAGCAGCGUCGUCGUCAGCAGCAGCAGCAGCGCCGUCGUCGCCAGCAGCCGCAGCGCCGCCGCCAGCAAGUGCAUAUCAUCCGCGAUGACGAGGAGGUCUAG